AUGGCAAUUCGCACAGCCAAGCGCCAGCUGCGCAAGUCCAUGGCACAGACACUGGCAGCCAUGCGGCCAGACGACAUUGCAAGUCAGUCACGGUUGGUGGCCGAGCAAGUCCUCAAAUCGCAAACGUAUGCUCGAGCUCGUUCGAUCAGCGUGUACAUUCACAUGGAUGUGGGCGAAGUCAUGACUGAUGAGAUCUGUCGGUCAGUGCUCCAGGACGGGAAACGCCUCUACGUGCCUUUGUUUGCAUCGCCAGUUGCUCCAGCAGCGGCAACGGGGCCGACAGUGCCGUCAGCGCCGGUUGCUGUCAAGGCAGAGUUCGCAACGGACAUGGUCAUGCUAAGAUUGCGGGAUAUAAGCGAGUACGAGGGUAUGGCGGCGAAUCGAUGGGGCAUUCGCGAGCCGCCAUUGACCUAUCCUGACGGUACCAUUCGUGAGAAAGCGCUCGACGAAGCAACCGGUGGAGAUGGCCUCGAUCUCAUUCUCGCACCCGGCGUGGCGUUCGAUCAAACAGGAGGCAGGUUGGGGCAUGGAAAAGGCUAUUACGAUCGGUACCUCACACGUGCAGAAGAGUGGGCCGCUCGACGCAGCACACCACCGCCAGUGACGGUGGCUCUAGCUCUGCGAGAACAGGUGCUCCCAUCUUCCGACCGUGUCCCUGCCGACGAGCGCGAUCGUGUCCUAGACGGUAUCAUUUCACCAGACGGCACCAUUCAACCCCAAACAGCCUCACGUAAUCUUGCUCUUCUCGACCCUCCCCUAUCACAUCCUCAAGCAAUGCUUCCUUGUCGGCUAGCAUUGCGCUCCAUCUACUCCGCCUCCUCCUUUCAAACCACCAGCUUGCUCAGCAGGACCAUCAUGUCUUCUUCCACUGCAUCCUCGCUUGCCGGUGUCGUCGUCGGUGUCGACACCAACGGCGCCUCCACCGCCAACAACGUCGACGUCUCCGCCCAAUGGAAAGCCUCCCGCGCCUCGUCGUCGCGCAGCAACGAGCUUCGUGUGUUCUAUCCCGACAACGGCACGCCCGUCGCUGCUGUCUCGCUCGGCGAGCAGAAGGCUGCGCCCACCACCACCCCGGAUCUCACCCCUUCUGAGAAGUCCUACCUUCGCAAUGAGCAGCUCGAGCGGGUGCGUCUCGCCGCUGCAAAGGGUGUCAAGGCUAUCCGUGACCUCGGUGCUGGUCCCGAUGACAAGGGCGAUGCUCCCGUCCAGAGGUCCAUUGGUCUCGACGCAAUGUCCAGCCCGCACGCUGCCGCUACCGGUGCCAACCUCGGCCUUUGGACGGUCAAUCACUUCAAGACCCGCGGCAAGAACGCCGCCCACGGCAAGGAAGCCGCUGUGCAGGGUGGCAAGGAGAUCAAGAUUGUCCCCGUCGACGGUGCUGCCGACGAGACUGCCAAGAAGCAACUCAAGGAUGCUGGCGACGACGUCCCCAGCGUCGCUCCUCUCAGCUGGUACACCGGUGAAGUCUACGCCGAGGCGCAGAACUGGGCGCGUGAACUCAAGGAGACCCCCGCCAACCUCAUGACCCCCACCAUCUUUGGUCAGCGUGUCACUGCCGCCUUCAAGAAUGUCCCUAACACCACCGUCAUCGUGCACGACGAGGACUGGGCACGCGAGCAGCGCAUGAACACCUUCCUUUCGGUCGCUGCCGGCACCGACGAGCCUGCCAAAUUUGUCGAGAUCAUCUACAAGGGCGCUCCAGACAACGACGCUCCCAGCGUCGCUUACGUCGGAAAGGGUAUCGUUUUCGACUCGGGAGGAAUUAGUCUCAAGCCCGGCGCCGGUAUGAAGGCCAUGCGUGCCGACAUGGGUGGUGCUGCCGCCGUCGUAGCCACUACGCUCGCCAUCGCCAAGCUGGGCCUUCCCAUCAACGUAGUAUGCGCCACCCCUUUGACCGAGAACAUGCCCUCGGGAAAGGCUACCAAGCCAGGCGACAUCAUCAUCUCCCGCGCCGGAAUCUCUGUAGAAGUGGAUAACACGGACGCUGAGGGUCGUCUUGUGCUCGCGGACGCUCUUACGUACGUCACCGAGACUUACAAGCCCCACACGCUUGUCGAUGUUGCCACCUUGACCGGUGCCUGCAUGAUUGCCGUGGGUGACGUCUACUCGGCGGCUUUCACCGAGUCCGACAGCCUUUGGAACGAGCUGCGCGUUGCUGGUGAGGCCGAGAACGACCUCUUCUGGCGACUGCCGCUCAACGAUGCCUACCUCAAGCAGAUCUCCUCCUCAAACGCCGACCUCUGCAACACCGGUGGCCGUCUGGCAGGUGCCUCGACUGCCGCCAUCUUCCUCAAGCAAUUCGUCGUUGGUCUCGGCGAGCGUGGCGGUGCUGCUCCCAGUGUACGAUACGCCCACCUCGACAUUGCAGGUAGCAUGGAGGCUACGCCAACGACCAUCAACGACUACCAGCCCAAGGGCUUCACUGGUCGUCCUGUUCGCGCCCUCAUCGAGUUUGCCCGUCGCAUCGCAGCCAACGGUGGCGCCAACUGA